AUGUCGACCCCAGGAAGCAUAAAGACCUACACCUCUGCACCUCUCAAUCCGAACAAGACUGAAGAGGAAACAGCAGCCAAAGUGCAGCCGCAACCCGCCACCGCAAUCGAGGCCGAAAUAACGACUGCGACAGAACCCCAACCCACAUCGGCUACUGCUACUGCGCCCGCAUACUCGCCAAUCUACGCAUCUGCACCGCCAGAGAGUCUCCCGGCUCAGCCAGGCUCCGCACCAAGUCUACCUGCGCCAACAGCUGCCGUAGCGCAACCAGCAGGCAACCUCAUGCCAACGCCAACAUCUACCUAUCCAAGCGCAACAUCUACACAAUCCCCACCACCUCCACAACCUGGCGCUGUUCCACAAGAGCCAACUACCAGUGCACAAUCUACAGUCCCGCCACCGCCCAAGGCAGGACAAGCCAUCUCGCCCUCCCUGUCAUCUACGGCCCAGGCUACUACCACACAACCUCCGACCCAACUCACCUCUUCCUACGCCUACCACCGCUCACCACACCAUCCCUCUGAAAUUCCAAACUCGACUACAACCCCUUACUCUUCCGUGUACCAGGCCCCCACUGGUGCGGGUCCCUCUGGGUCUACGGGAUUGCCGCUGCAUUAUAGCAGUGGUGGGGGUGGAGGUGCGAGCAGUGUUUUCCCCGAGGAUGAUGAAUCAUUUUUUAACACUGCUAAAGGGUGGAUGCAGAGUGCGGGAUCGAAAUUGGCCGAGGUCGAGGCCGAGGUUUGGAAGAGAAUCAAUAAUGCGCAUGAUGAUAACUGA